GUGACGGCCACUGAACACAUCGGUAACUCCGCGCGUCCUCCGAACAAAACAAUCGCCAUCACAUCAUCGCCGUCCAAAAUGCACACACCACCGGCGACGACAACAUGCGCCAGAGACAAUCUGACGACCUGCCACGGUUCGUGAAUGAUGCAGAAGCGUCCUCGUUCCGCAUACGCCGCCGAUACCUCUAUUACCUCGCCGGCUUCGUCUUUGUUUGCUGGCUGCUGUACCCGUCUCGCAGCAAAGGUGACGACGCGUUGAACGUCAACUGGGCAAACUACGCAUACAGCCUGUACGCGACCGAUAGCGCGACACUUUGCCAUGCUGUCAUCCUCUUCGACACGCUCAAGAAACUUGGUAGCAAGGCAGACCGCGUUCUCUUCUAUCCACAAUACUGGGACACAAAAGUGGAGAGUUCGCGGGACCGAGAUAGCCAGUUGCUAGUCAUGGCACGCGACAAGUACAAGGUCAAGUUACACCCGAUCAAGCUACUGUCGGUUGAGGGUCGCACAAAAGAUGCUUGGACAGGUACCUGGUCCCAGUCGGUCACGAAGUUCAUGUCCUUCUCCCUUGCGUACUACGAUCGCGUCAUUGCUCUGGAUUCCGACGUCACUUUACUGAAGUCGAUCGACGAACUCUUCCUGCUUCCGCCCACGCCGAUGGCAAUGCCCCGCGCAUACUGGACCACGAACAAGCCGUGGCCCCUUACAUCGAUGCUGAUGGUCAUCAAACCAGAUUUGGAUGAAUUUGAGAAGUUCAAGCAAACAAUCAGAAUUGGGGGGACUGGCCGGCUGAUCGACGAGCAUAGAUUCGACAUGGAGCUGGUCAACGAGCGAUUCCAAGACAGUGCGCUGGUGCUUCCUCACCGACCAUAUGCGCUUUUGACUGGCGAGUUUCGAAGCCAUGAUCACGCAGCAUACUUGGGCAGUGAUGAUGAGAUAUGGGAUGCAGAAGCGGUGUUCAAACAAGCAAAGGUAGUGCAUUUCAGCGAUUGGCCGCUUCCCAAGCCGUGGAUCAUGUGGCCCACCAAGGGCUUAGAGGAGAUGCAGCCCGAUUGCGGGGGAAGCCAUGAAAGCUGCGCAGAGAGAAGGAUCUGGAAAGGCUUGUACGAUGAUUUCCGCCAGAAGAGAAGAGAUGUGUGUAAACUGUUGAGUGUGCCUGCGCCCGACUGGUAUAGCAUUCAGGACACGAGGCAGGGGAGGAAUGCGACAGACGGGACUGCGCAUGUUGCGGCUGAGAUUCCUGGUGACGUGCUUUGAGAGGAGCAGGGCGGUGUAUGAUCCACAGCUGGACAGUCGACUGCUGCGCAAGCGUGUACUUGCAUUUUGACAAAUUCACUUCAAUGAUAAUCUACGCCGCUUUUUCUCCGUCUAAUACUGGAAGUUCGAUUUCACUAUGCAUGAGCAUUACGAAUCUCAAACACCUGAAUGAGCAUGAUUGUCUUGAUCGAUAACUGUUACUUCCAAGGAAUUGAGCAGAGAGGAUGAAGCAUGUGGUCGCUAUAAAACUAUUAACAGACAUGAUGCAUUGUACAGUCAGAUGUUGCUUUGUGUAUUGCGGCUGUCUGCCAAUUGUUACCCAUAAAUUAUAAGUCAACGGAGCGUGUAAUCAGGCGUAAAUUCAUGAUACAAUUUUACCGUCCAUCACUUUGCCAAGAUCCGAAAACAGAAGUGGCAGCAUAAUUCCAGCGGCACCUUCCUUUAGAGUAAUCGGGCAUGUACCGGGACUAGUC